CAGUCUAUUUUUUCAAAGCAAAUUCACUCAAUUAAAACAGUUAAGGGGAUUAGUGACUUAAAACCUCUGUGGGUUUAUAAGGGCAAUUGUCACCAAUAAAUUUAGGUGAGAAAAUGGACAAACCUGAAUUACUGCUCUGCAUUGGAGGUUAGCAUGACAGGAGAGAAGGCUAGAUAUGUAUGACAAAGGAAAACAGAGAGAGAGGAAAGACCAGUUUCUCUCAGACAAAGAGAAGAGAGGGAGUGUCCACCUGUCGAUAGCAGACAGCAACACUCGGCCCUGGUAGGUCAGGAUGACGAAGAGAGCAAGAAAGACAGAUAGAAAGAGUGGGAGAGGAUCCUGCAUGUAGUUAACGAUCAUCAAUGAGCUUUAAUCACCCUACCUUUCACCCUAUCUAUUUUUGGACUCACCCAAAAGCCCAACACUGCAGGGCAAGUUCAAAACAAGAGAAGCCAGCCAACAGAUAGCAGGAGAAUAGGUGAAAAGGGCGGGACUAGGUUACAGCUGAGGGUGUGGCUAAGACAAACAAGGAGCCACUGCGUUCAGGAAACUAAACAAAAAAAAAACUCAAUAAGCACACAAACAGCGGCACCUAAAGAGUGCGUGAUAACCUGGCUCAGUGAUUGCAGGAGCUAGGCAGAACGGCGGAAGGCUUUUGGCGAUAACCCCAACCUGCUGCUGCUGCUGCUGUGUGUGUGGAGCAGGGUGGCUAUGUCACCGCCUGGGUAAGACCUCAGGAGAAGGACCUCAUCACCUCCAUCUGAAGGAACUGGGAUUAUUUUAAAGGACGAAAGGAUUAUAGAGUUUGGCAUCCUUCAGAUAUACUGACAUACAGGAUGUCUGACUCCCAGUGCCAGACGGGGGACACCCUCUGCUAUGUGCGUGUGUACGAGCAGGAGGUGAUCGUGGUGCCCGUGCUGCUGUUGGCAUCGUUCCUGGGCGUUCUGAUUCUCCUGCUUCUGCUGCGCUUCUGCCCUGAGAAAGUGGACCGUCUGCGACCAUCGGCCAGCAAAGGCAGUAAAGGCCAACGCUCCAGGAGAAACCUCCAGGGCAUCGAUGCCCCUCCAGGCAUCAACCCUCUGGAGCACGAGAGCAUCGCUCUGGACCUGCCGUCCUACUCCACCUUCACGCCCCUGGCGUCCUCCAGCGGCGUGUCCAGCAUCUACUCCAGCAGCCGCGGCUCCUUCAGCGUCGACAACGACACCUUCAGCCUCCCGCCCGGCUCCGUCUCUGCGGACACCGUCGCCAUGGUUGGUGCCGCCAAAGAGCCACGCCAGCGCCUGCCCGAGAAGUUCAAGCUGGUCACUCCGCUGCCCUCGUCCUACUCACUGAAGUCCGACAGCACAGUCUCGCUGUACCGCGCCAGGAUGGACAACAGGAAUGUGGUUCUCAGAGUGCUAAAAGACUCGGCCAGUGCCGGUGAGUCUCAGUCGUUCCUGGGCUUUGCCUCCUUCCUGUCCCAGCUGGGGCCCCACCCCUUCCUGCCGGAGCUGCUGGGUGUGGUGUCCGUGCGAGCGCCGCUCAUCACUGUCACUGAGGAAAUGGAGAACAGGGACAUGCUGGGCUUCCUGUGGAGGUGCAGGCAGGAGAAUGUGGGCGUGGAUGCGCUCUGUGAGAUGACGGAGAAACGCGUCUUCACCAUGGCCUCCCAUGUAGCCUCUGCCCUGGAGUAUCUCCACAGCAAAAAUCUUGUACAUGGCAACAUAAAAGCACGCAGUGUUCUGGUCAGUCGUCAGUUCACGGCCAAACUGUGGGGUCUUGGUGGUGUCUAUGCUAGGGGGGCGGGAGCUACCCAUGCCCAUGAGGAUUCUGGCAAGAAGAAGUGGCAGGCGCCAGAGCUAUUGGCCAGAAGGCCUAUCAGUCAAAAAAGUGACGUCUGGUCUUUCGGACUCAUGCUCUAUGAGAUGGCGACACUAGGGGAAGCUCCAUUCGCCGAGUUGCCUGUGACUGAGCUACUGCAGUACCAUCAGCGAGGCAAAAUCAUCAAGAAGCCACCCAACUGCUCCAAUGCACUGUACGCCAUCAUCAAGGCCUGCUGCCAGUGGAAGGAACAGGAUCGCGUCUCAUUGGCCGAAGUGAGUCGCAAGCUCCAAUCCGGUGAGAAGAGUGCCAAUGACAAGACUGUCUUCCGAGUGCCUGAACUGAUCAACAUCGAGCGUUACCUCAAGGAGGCCGGCUAUGGAGACUCUAAUAGCUACACAGUCUUCUGAAGAGCCAGCUGGGGAGGCUUUGUACUGUUGAUCUGCGAGCUAUGAUCAUCUAAGUCUUUCUACUUGCGUAUUGUUUCCAGUUUCUCACAUUCAGGAAAAAUAAUUAAAUGUUUCCUUUCGCAAUGAAGGAACAGCAGUUCUUACAGUGUCCUUGUUCCUCUAAUCCGCUGUGUUCUGGGCCCUUUACUCACUUUACCUUUCCUGUAGUGAAUGGCAGAUCAGUCCGUCCAUCUCCUCGAGCCGUCCCACACUAGAACCCCUUUUCUUCACUUCCCAUUGCCUGUCAUCUGCACUGUGCUGUGCAGUGCGCUGAACACGACCUGCUUAUGUUGGCCAAGCCAGGGAAUUUACUCUCCGUAUGCGCACGCAGUUUACACACGGGAGUAUGCAUGUGGCCCAGAGGAUUCCCUGUGGUUUACUGUGCGUAGUUGACCCCUUCAGCAGGAGCAAGAGAGGCCACCACAUAGAGCCUUGUGUUGUGUUGUAUGGGCUGAGAUCAAACGCUGUGGAAAUAAUCCAUCAAACACAUUAUGGCAGUAGACUUGAACAUGGAAACCACUUCAAUUGCUCCGGUACUGUAAAUAUAAGGUUAAUAUUCUCGCGUUUACCAAGAAGUCUAAGAUUAAUAAUAUAUACAGAUGAAAUCAAUUUAGUUUAUUAUGUGAGAUUGCUGGUAUUUUACACAUUAUGUAUUUUCUUUUGUAGAUUAAUAAUAUAAAAAAGGGGACCAGCUGCCAAUACCAAACGUAACCCAAAGGCACAUGGUCUAUCUAUCUGCCCCCACCUUAUGAUGGCCUGAAAGAGAAAACCAACAACAUGGGAUCACACAAAUACAGCUUGUGACAGAAUCCCAUUCAACAUUUUGUCACUAAGAGUUAAAAAAAACUGCUCUAUGACAAUCACCUCUUUUUUUAAGGAAGAUUUGUUUCCUAGCUUGGUGUUGACGAAGGGCAGCAGGACGUGGUCUGGUUGGCCUGAUGAGGGAUUUGAGGCGUGUGAUGUGAAGUGAUGAAGUGUCAUCUUGGCGUUUGAUGUGAAGUGUUUAAAAUGUGUCCCUCUAAUGUGUACAGGUGUCUAAUAAAAAUAAACAAAACUGUCAAAGCUCUUAA